AACAUCAUCCGUCAUACCUGCACUCUGAAGGGCCGCACAGACUAACUGCUGGUUUGGUGCCGAAAACAGUCCGCUGUUGAAACCGCCUGAAUUCAGACACUAUGUUGCUGCAUAGUCUCCAUAGUUGUAGAUAUCUUGUUGAAACGUCAGAGAGGCUUCUUACGGAAGCAUUUGCCGAGCUGACACUCGAUGUCUUUGAACGUCGCGCCUUCGCUUGUGGACCAGCUGGCGUUUAGGGAGAGAAUGUAUUUAAUACACAGCCAAUGAGCCGCUCUCAGCGCAUGUGGGUGGUGGUGAGCGGCGGCGCCACCCCGGGCGGCGUCACCGCCCGGCUCAAGCUGCCGGGGGGCGACCGCACCGUGCCGCUGGCGGAGCUGGGCCCGGGGCUGGAGCAGGUGGCGGCGGAGCUGCACACACUCAUGGCGCAGGUGGUGCGCUCCUCCCAGCAGCAGCAGCAGCAGCAGGAGCCGGCGGCGGCGGUGCGGGCGGCAGCCAGGGCAACCGGCUUAGGGUUGGGGUUGGGUGUGGGCGGCAUUGAGGAGGUCCUUCAGAACAUUCGCAACAUGCGCAACACACACAGUAACAAUGGCACCCGCAGCACCAGCAGCACCGGCCGCAGCACUGCAACUGCUGCCCCCACCUCUCCGCCGGAGGCGGGUGCGCUGCCGCGGCCCUCACCCGGCCUCAUGACUGGCAUCGGCGGCAGUGGUAACGGCAGUAGCAGCAACGGCAGUGGCAGUAGCAGCAACGGCAGUGGCAGUAGCAGCAUGGUCGCCGGCUCUGUCUCAGGCAUGUCGCUGUCUUCAGCUGGGGGUGGCAUUAGCAUGGGCAGCAGUAGCAGCAGCAGCAGCAGCAGUAGCCGCAUGGAGGCGCUGGAGAUGAGGGUGGAGGCGCUGACGGCGGCGGUGGAGCAGCUGACGCUGCUGAUGCUGCGGCAGCAGCAGCACACGCAGCAGCCUGUGGCGCCUCACACGCCGCCGUCAAGCAAUGCGGACCGCCGCGAGCGCUGGCGUUAGUGCAUGCUGGCGCUGGCGGCGGCGUUGCCUAGAGGCUGGCGUCAGUUAAAUGACGCUGGAGUGGGGUUACUGGCCUCACGCACGUACGGCAGGCGUGGCAUCUGGAUCUGGAUCUGGAUCUGACGGUUGGCUGCUGGACGAGCGAGCGUGCCAGCUAGGAUAGGGAUCAGGGAAAGCAUACGUGGGCAGCAGGGCAGCAGCGAGCAAUGAGCGCCAUGCAUGGGCACCGGUCGGCGGAGCGCUUCGCUGCACCAGUCACCACCUGGGUGCUUGGAACGAAAGCACGAGGACAGAGUGCUGUAGCCGAGAGUGUGUGAUGACUGCGGGCGGGUAGUUGUGAAGGCGGCUGGCAGUUCGGAGUUUGUACCUGUGUGAGAGGUCUCGCACGCUGCUGCACUACUGCUGAGAGCUGCUGACGGGUGACGUCGUGGUGUGCCGCCCCCGCGCUACCGUAUCUCAUU